AUGCUCAUCAACGUCGACACCUGCGAGCUUUGGGAAUCGCUCACCACUUUCACCGACGCCACAAAGACAUUCAAGGAGUUCUGCGAAGAAGUCUACAGACUGUACUCCAGAUCGGAGGAAGAGCGCAAAUGGUUGGUAUCAGAUAUGGACAAGCUAGUCGGCGAAACGAGCAGGGUCGGCAUCUUGUCUCUCAGCGAACUAGGCAACUAUCAUCGGCAAUUCCUGGCAAUCACAGUAUUCCUCCUCAGCAAGACACAAAUCUCGGUUGCUGAACAAGGAUGCGCCUUCGCUAGAGGAUUCCAACCGGAGCUAUGGGCAAGAAUCUCUCAACGUCUACAACUCAAGUUCCCCGAUCAUUUCCCAGACGACCUAUACAACCUCCAGGACAUCCACGACGCAGCCCGAUUCAUCUUGCACGGCACCACAUCCACAUACAGCACUACGUCUACCGACAUCUCUCGAGCAGCCCCCGCCGCGCCGCCCACCAAUGCGAUCAAGGCUGAAGAUCUGGCGACCAUGUUCAAAUGGCUCACCGACACCUUCGUCAAGGCCAUUGCAGCUCAAGGGAUUUCCAGGCCAGCCGAUCAACCAUCCCAGCAACUAGGACAAGGCGGCGACAACUGCAUGUUCUGCGGCAGUCCCAAACACUUCAUGCACGCCUGUCCCGAGGUCACCAAAUACAUUCAGAUCAGCAAAUGCAAGCAGAAUAUCAAGGGGAAGGUGGUAUUGUCAAGUGGGGCAUUCGUACCCAGAGAAAUCACAGGUAGUAACCUGAAGGACCGAGUUGACGAAUGGCAUUGCAGGAAUCCAGGCCAGUUGGCGACUGGACAGAUGAUGUUUAUGCGACCGCCCCCGGUGCCAGCCAAGGAUGAUGCUCUGAUCCACCCAUAUGCCAAAGCCCAGGACGCGACUUAUGCACCACCACACGAGCGCAACAUGGGAGCCCCAGCGAAGAUACCCUCAGCAAAGAAGGAUGCUCCGGCCUGA